AAUUUUUUUAGUUCGUUGAAAACGUUGACGUGUUAUACCAGUUCCGGAUUUCUUUUCUGCGAGCCAUUACUUAUUUUUGGUUGUUUGUGACUCAAAGGACAUUAGAGUGCUGACAUCAUGCCGCCCACCAUCACCGAUAAUCAGUCGCACGACUUCAAGGCCCACUACGAGCUCGCCCACAGAUCCCCGUUGCAGGACGAUGAGACCGAUGAUGCCUACGUGCAUAAAAUAACGCGGUACUCUGAUGGAACAGUUAAAUUACGUAACUCAAACAUUGAACUCAUGGACCAGGAUAUUCUCUAUCAUCUGGCAUUGGGAAGCGAGAGUCAUGACCUGCACGAGAUGUUCGGAGAUGUUAAGUUCGUUUGCAUGGGCGGAACACCAAAGCGCAUGGAGAACUUUGCACACUUCAUAAUGAACGAGAUCGGCUACAAGCUGCCAGCGGGUACUCAGCUGCAGGACAUUAGUGCCUACUCAUAUCGCUACUCGAUGUACAAAGUUGGCCCAGUGCUUUGCGUUAGUCACGGCAUGGGAACGCCCUCGGUCAGUAUUCUGAUGCACGAGAUGAUCAAGCUGAUGUACCACGCGAAGUGCAAGGACCCCGUCUUCAUCAGGAUCGGCACAUGCGGCGGCGUCGGAGUGGAAGGCGGCACAGUUAUCAUCACUGAGGAUGCCCUCGAUGGCCAGUUGCGCAACUCCCAUGAAUUCACCAUUCUGGGCGAGACCAUUCACCGUCCUGCCAAGCUGGACAAGAAACUUGCGCGUGAGCUCAAGUCCCUGGCCAGUGCCGACGAUCCAUAUGACACCAUCAUUGGCAAGACUCUGUGCACAAAUGAUUUCUACGAGGGUCAAGGGCGAUUGGAUGGCGCCUUCUGCGAGUUCAGUGAGAACGACAAGAUGGCAUACCUGGAGAAGCUGCGCGACCAUGGAGUGGUUAACAUCGAGAUGGAAAGCACCAUCUUUGCCGCCCUGACCCACCACGCCGGCAUCAAGGCGGCGGUUGUAUGUGUGGCGCUUCUGAAUCGCCUGAACGGCGACCAGGUCAAUGCCCCCAAGGAGGUCAUGCACGAAUGGCAGCAGCGUCCUCAGAUUCUCGUGGCGCGCUAUAUACGUAAGAUUCUGUCGCAUAAUGGUCAAUUGAAGUCACUGUUCGGCCAUCAAGGAUCCAUCAAGUCGCCCAGGCGCUUCAAGUUGGUCCAGCAGGAGUCGCAGGCCCACGAGUAAAGGGCCAUAUAUCGGGAGUUUUAUUUAAAAGUUACCUUCUAUAAUGUAUGUUCGCAUCUCUCCAGUAUACUACGGUGUUUCAACAUUCCCUAGUUUAGCUCUGAUUAAGUUCCUAGCUUUAUUUCUGUGUAUAUCGACCCUAACCUCAUUAGUUAAUUUAAUCUCAAGCAUACUGUAUGUAUAUUCAUUGAAGAAUUUACUGCUUAUAUAUGUUACAACAAAACAAAAUAUACAUGUAAUACAUAAAACAAUAUCACUCAGUGUGACGUUCAAAGGUUAUCAUUAAAAAGGCUUUUGAGAUGAAGAAAUGGUUUGGGAAGGAAAACCAAAUAUGAUAUAAUAUAUUAAAACCAAAUCGUUAAUUGUUAUGUUGCAUAUUUUAAAUGGGGCUAACCAAAAACAAGGAUUUAAAUCGAAUAUCUAUAAAAAAUGAAUACUGUAAUUAAAUUUCUUAAAUUAUUCUACUAUAUUGUAUUGAAAUUCCUUCAAAUUUGUUAAUUGUAAAUGUUGAUUAAUGUUGCUACCGCGAAAACAACCUCAAAAAAAUCAACAGCAGUUAAACUAAUUGUAUGUACAUCUAUCCAACUAUAAAUAGAAUAUGGACUACAAUUGCUGAAAAUAAUUUGAUUACGGAAUGCACAUGCAAAUAUACAAGUUAUAUUGUAAAAAAAAAAAGAUUUACUGAAUAUAUUUAAAUGGUAUAUUAAAAUCAA